GGGGCCAAACAAAAACUUCUGAAGUGUUUAUGUCCUUACUUUUAUUCUCUAUCCCCUUCAUUUAUCCUUCUUAUAAGCUUUCUCACCCAGCGAAUCUCUACAACAUUCAAAUUUACUAUGGGUGAGCAAAGAUUUAGAGAUUGUGGCAAUCAGACACAGUGAGACCUUAAGAUGGGAUGAGUCUAUGAAUCCUGUGUUGAUGCCAAAGGGCGAGAGCGGAUAUGGCAUCUAUGAUUUGGAGGCGAUGAGUUGGGAUCUCAACGAGGUAGCAGGAUGAGAUCUUGAUGAGGUAGCGAGCUAAGAGCUUGAAGUGGUAGCAAGAUCCUUGGAUCUCACCUAAGCAGUUCGGUGGGACCAUAGAGAGGAACCAAGCGAAGAUCCUAAAGCGGUGGCAGUGGCGACGAGCUUGGAUCUGGACAAGACACCACUAUGGAAUCUCAAAGAGGCAACAAGUUGGCAUUCUAGAGUGAUAGCGACGAUUUUGGAUCUCAAUGGGGCAUCAGGGGGGGUUGAAAGAGGCAACAAGCCUAGAGAUCGAAGCAACGACGAUGAGCUCGGAUCUCGAUAAGGCAGUAGGAUGGGACCUUCCAAGAUUAGAGCUCAAAGCAAUGGUGUUGAGGUGGGAUAACAAAGGAGCAACAUGUCUAGUGCCAAAAGAGGCAGCAACAAUUCAGGGUCUUGGUGAGGCGACAUGUCGAGCUCUUAAAACAUCGAGGAUGAGUUGGGAUUUGGACAAGGAUGACAAGGGGAAUCUCAACGAGGUAUCAGGCUUAGAGUCGAUUUUGGGUUUGGAGGAGGACGUUGAAUGGAAUCUCGAUGAGGUACCGGGCUUAGAGCAUUGUUCAGAUUUAGAUGAGGAUGUUGAGUGGGAUCUCGAUGAGGUACCAGGCUUAGAGACAAGUUCGGAUUUGGACGAUGAUGCAGAGUGGAAUCUCGAUGAGGUACUAGGCGUAGAGUCGAGUUCAGAUUUAGAGGGUGAUGAAUGGAAUCUCAAUGAGGUACGAGGCUUAGAGUCGAGUUCGAGUUUGGAUGAGGAUGUUGAGUUGAAUCUCACUGAGGUACCAGGCUUAGAGCCAAGUUCAGAUUUAGACGAGGAUGUUGAGUCGAAUCUCGACAAAGUACCAGGCUUAGAGUCUGAAGAAAUAGAGGACCAUUAUGAACCAACACGACAUGUCUUCGUUUUUUCUUCGAUUCGGCGCGUGGCAACCUGGUCAGUCCAAUCCGUCCGUGAAGAAUUUAUCCGUAUUUUCGUUUGCGUCGCAUCGUUUCUGCGAAGGAUUUCCUGUUCGUUUUGGGGGAGAAAGGCGUCGUCCUUGAUGUCUACUAUCGCGACCCCGCCGCCGCCGAUUGCGCAAGAGAAGGCCGCCAGCCGGAAUAAGCGCAAGUACCGUGCCGAGCCACCUUCCGCCGAGUUGGGCCCAUACGGGCUGGAGUACCCGCUGACGGCGGACUGCAUGGGAUUCGAGUUUAUGUCGCCUGAGAAGGCUGCCAUGGCAGCAGCGGUAGCCGCUGCCGAGGGUGUCAGCCUUGACCUCCUCCAGAACUCGUGCGAAAAGUGCAAAGAUCUCCACCCUACUGCGGAGGAGUUACUGGACUGCCAACGAUAUGUGAAUUGGAGCGACCCAAACGAGACGCAGCUGGAGGAGAUCCUUCUCAAGAGUCUGGGCACCACCUUUGACAAUGCUGUGAGUCUGAUCACCACAAUGGGCUACUCUGAGGCGGUUGCACGGGCUGCUGUUGUGCGGGCAGCUGCGCAAUACAACUGGAGGGAGAGCCUUGCAGGGUUUGGAGAGGCAGCAGUUGAGGUUCUCAAGACGGAAGGGGACAUGUUGCCGAGGGAGGGUGCCUCUGUUGAAGACAUGAGGAGGAUUGAGCAGGCUGUGCUUGGUAGUAUGGUUAUGUGGGUAAAUGAGGCUCAGCCACUCUGCACCACAGGCGAUGUAAUGUUUUGCUUGCUUAUGUCUGACAUGAACGUGGCAAAUGCCAGUGCCAUGGACUACAAUACUUCUUCCCUCCCAUCUGUUGCUGCUCAAGUUAUUGCCCAACCAGACGCGGGGAACUAUGUUACUGGUUCAGGUUCAAAUUUAUCAGUUUCUAUUACCAACCCACAGACUGGCGUUACAUUCCGUGGAAAACUUACCCCAAUGCCACCGGGCUCUUAUGGUGCUGUAAAAGCUGAUUCGUCAAUGGCACCAGCAAGCCUCAAUGUGUCAAGUACCAAACCCUCGGUGCCGGGCAAGACUCAGUGUGUGAUACCAAAUAUUGAGCCAAAAGAACAACCUGUUCCUAUACAUGAUCAUUCAGAGGACCAACCAUUUGUUGCUGCUGCGACACAAUCUGUGAAAAAUGACAAGCCAUCCCCAAGCAAGAGGGGGGGCUCUAAGAGGGACUCCUUGCAUCGACAGAAGUUGACAAGCUUUGAUAAAAGUUCCCGAGCAUUGGGUUCCAAAGGUUCUCUUAGGUCUGGCAAGCAUAGCUAUUCGGCCAGUGCGGUAUUGGAGAGGAAGUGCCGGUCAUUUUCAGAUUCUACUACUAGCAACUUGAAGGGUGCAUCAAGAGUUGCUAAAGGGUUUGCUGCAAGCAUAUCUGGAUCAGAAGUAUCAGCUGACCUUUCCUUUACUGGUACCCUUUCCCCUUCUCCAUCAUUUGAUGCCAAGAUAGUUAGUAACUCAAACCCAGCACCUACUGCUAGCACAGAUCUUUCAUUGUCAUUGCCCUCCUCAAGUGAUAGUUUAACACCAUCUUCGAAUCAUGAUUCCAUUACCGAGGGAGUGGACUCUAGUAGCAAAAUUAAUUUUUCGUAUGAUGAAGAACAGAAGGUCUGGAUCCCACAAGAUAAAAAGGAUAAAAUUGUCUUGAUUCUUGUUCAGAGGCAGAAAGAACUGCAAGCACAUAUGCAUGACUGGACAGACUGGGCCCAGCAGAAAGUGAUGCAGGUCGCACACCGACUUGCAAAGGAGAAGGAUGAACUUCAGUCACUCAGGAAAGAGAAGGAAGAGGCUGACCGCCUGCAAGAGGAGAGGCACCAUUUGGAAGAGAGUACUCGGAAAAAGCUUCUGGAGAUGGAGUCUGCAAUUUCUAGGGCAAAUGCUCAGCUGGAGAAAGCAGAAGCUUCUGCUCGCAGACGUGAGGUUGAGAAUGCACAACUCACGUUACAGAUGGAAGCUGCAAAGCGACAUGCAGCAGAGUCAGCAACAAAUAUUUCAGAGCUUUUAAAGAAAGACGAGAACAGCCGUAAAAGGUCUCAGCGUUGGGAAUCUGAUAGAGCCCUAUUACAAGAGGAACUUGCAGCACAAAAGAGCAGGUUAUUUCGGGUUCAAGAACAACUCCAGCAUGCUAAAGAGCUAAAGGAUCAAGUGCAGGCAAGGUGGAAACAAGAGGAGGCUGCAAAGACUGAGGCAAUUGCCCUUGUAACCUCAGUGAGGAAAGAGAGAGGGCAAAUUGAGACCUCCAUGAGGUCAGAAGAGAAUUUGCUGCAUCUCAAAGCAGCGAAUGACGCACAAAGAUACAAGAGUGAGAUCCGUGUCCUUGAGCAGCGUAUUGCGCAGCUGAAGGUGUCAUUGGACUCUUCAAGGGUUGCUGCCCCCAAGUGGGGAGCCGACAAUAAAUCCUAUGCAUUGCAUCUUUCUGAAGGGAGAAAGAACAACAAUGCCCAAGUUUUGUCCAACACAGCAGUACCCCAAGGUCUCGAUUUUGACGAUAUACAGCGCGACCGGGAGUGCGUCAUGUGCUUGAGCGAGGAGAUGUCCGUGGUGUUCCUCCCCUGCGCCCACCAGGUCGUCUGUGCCAAAUGCAGCGACCUCCAUGAGAAGCAAGGUAUGAAGGAAUGCCCUUCGUGCCGGGCCCCCAUCCAGCGCAGGGUGCGCGCCCGCCCCGCCGGUUGCUAGAUUUCACAUAUACCAUUUGGAUUUUACUUUUCUUCUUUUUUUCACCUUGAUUGCUCAGCUUAAGUUGAUGGAAGAUUGGAGGGAAUAAUCAGGUGGUGUGAGUGGUUGAAACUGUGACAAUAAUACAUCGUUAAACACCAAACAAGCCCCAGCAGACAGUGGGUACUGGUUUGGUUUGUUAUAUGGCUAUACCGGCCGCUUCUGAAUGCUUUGGUUUUGCUGCACUCUGGUUCCAAGUCCCGUACUGUUUUGUAAAAAUGUCGAUCUGUGACUGUAAUGCUCGGUAGGAAAUCUGUUGAUCGAUGUUGUUAUGUCCUGUUGCAUUCAUCUGUAGCUAUUGAAGUCUUAAAUGAAGUCAGCUUCCAUCGUC